AUGUCCCUGGAUCGAUUUCAGGAUGAGAUUUCCUUGCUGUUCGUUGAUGGAGGCGUCGAUUCAGAAGACGAAGAUGACGCCAAUCAUCUUCACCGUCGCGGCUCAACGCAUAUUGACAAGAAAGAAAUAGAUGCCAGAUGGGAGGAAAUUUGUGACCUCAUUGAUUCUGAUCAGCAUAAAACCAACAUUUCAGCUACUGUUGUCGUCGAUUUUCCAUUUCGAGACAUGUCAGGAAAAAAUGGUUUGAGGUUGGAUGAUGGAUUACUCGAAAGAGCAUGGUUUUUCAAGAUCAAUGGGGAUUUGGACAAGCGAUUUGUCUUACAUGGACACACCUUCAUGAGAUGGUCUCAAAGACUACCAAUUCCGGCUAAAGAACGAGCAGCUGAGCUCACUUCGGUGAACAUGCGGCUUGCAUUGUUCGAGAAGUCUACAGGAGGAUGGCGGCAAAUGAAGUCUGGUGAGACUCUUGUUCCUUACAACGAACAACUCAAACAAAGCUGGAAGUCAUACUAUUUCAAUGAAGGUCUUCGUGUCCAAGACGAUAUCAAGUGGAAAUGGUCAAAUCCAUCUCAAAUUCCAAGAGCUGAUGCCUAUAAACCUAAAUCCAAGCUAAUCUAUGAGCGGAUCAGAAAACUUCUCGCGUUGGCACAAGACAAUAUUUUUAGGAAUGUGCCAAUCCUAGAGGCCCAAUCCAUGUCUCAAACGAACAAGAGGAUUCGCGGGAGUCGGGAGACGAUUCAGGAGUUGGAAUUGUAUUUCCCACCUGAGUGUAAGAUCGAGACAAAUGCUGCCAUAUCCGAGGUACCCAAGGGCAAAGAUGGAGGAGGGAGAGACGACGAGGUCCACUGGCCCGACUACCCCAAGCCUGACACUCCUCCCUACCCCCACCGGCUCCUCUUCGUACCCGUAGACGUCCAUGCCGGGCCAAACGAUCCCGGCUUGAACCUCAAAGAUGAGUACAACUCCAUCCAUGACAUUCUGAGCGCUACGGAUGCCAACAACCUGUCAAGGACUUACUCCUCGACAUGGGGAGAUGUUAUGAAGGAAAUCAAGCGCCAGCCUCUGAUUCUUCACUUCAGCUGUCACUCAGAUCCAGAAGCGAUCAAGCUCUUCCGACAGAAUAUCGUGCCUGAAACCAUCAUGAACGCUCUGCAAGCUCACAACGAGGAGGCGAGGAGGUCAGGAGCAGCUGAGGUGCAGCUUGUGGUGCUCAACGCAUGCUACUCGGACGAGCAUGCGAGAAAGCUGGCGAAGGUCGUCGACUUUGCCAUUGGACACAAAGGAGACCUAAUUGACCAGUUUGCCAUCAGCUUUGCACAAACAUUGUAUGGCAAACUCUUCCAAGGACAAUCCUUGCUGAACUCCUGGAAACAGGCGGAAGGAUGCUCAUCGGGGUACAGGCUGUAUGGUCGUCGGGAUGCUUCAGCUUUCUGUCUUAGGAGAGAGAAAGCGGAAGAUACGGAGAUGGUGCGGUUCUUCAAGGAGCAGGGGUUUACCAAGAUUGCUCGACGACUCUGCGAAGAGCUCUACAUCGAAGACUGGAAGCUAGAAGAUCUCCAAGAUCUGACGGAAGAGUCGCUUCACGUGCUGACGGAGACACGACUGCUCCCUCAUCAGCAAAAGAAAUUCUGGAGAGUGGUCAGGGAGAAAGUGCGGGAGCUGUCAGAUCGCACGGCACAGCUUUGCUCUCCUAGCGAUCUGUCUGAAGCGGACACGAUAUCUGAAUCGGAUGUGAGUGAUAGAAGCGACUCUGAGGACGAAGCAUGCCAGAGCGAGCUAGUCAUCGCGAGGAACGAAGGCAACAAAGAAGACUUCGAGAUCCACAUGACAUGUUUCCUGCAAGGCUUCGGCAGGUUCUCAGGGAGUCCUCAGAUCACCAUCAACGACAGCAGGCAGGUCAUGGAGACUGAGGGGGGGAGUGGGGGAGGUGGCGGGCAAUGGACGAUGUGCAUGCUGCUGUGGCUGAAGGUGAUGAAGGACGCAAGAAUGGGGGAGGAAUGGAGGGAGAAGUGGGAUAGCUGCAUCGCUCAGUCUGCAUCGCAAGACAAGCUGCUGCAAACGCUGGGUACGAUACUUGAGCACGGAGAUGUGGAAUACAGGUACUGGAAUAGAGAAAGGCUAGCGGAUUUGGGCUGCAAGAAGAGGUUUGCGUCAGUGGUCUUCUUGACGGACGAGCUUGUCAGUGCUUGUCUUCCAGACAAAGAGUCUUGCAGACGAGCGUGGCAUCGGCGUGUGAUGAAAGAUUGGGAUGUAAACAAGGAAGACGUGGGGAAGAUCUUGGCGAGAAUGAACAAGUUUCUAUGGUCCCAAGCCGAGGCGAUCGAGAUCAUCACCAACGUGAUCGAGACUGGAAGCUAUGUCUGCUACAUGAGAAUGGAGAAGAUUGCUUCGCUCAUCUUGUUCGAGUACCUCGAGACGUACAAGCGAGAGAAGACGGCGGAGAUGACGAGGGAGGGCAAGCCCGUGUCGAGCCUACCCUCUCUGUUCCAAGGCUUCUCCUUGCUUGCCUCCAGCUCCUCCGAGCCCUUCGCACUCCAGAAGAUCUCGUCUCAGCGUCUGCGCGAGAUCCGGUCGAACCUCCGCGUGCUUUCUCGUCUUCCCGGUCGCCUGCUGCUCUUCAUGGGGCCUGCGAGGAGAGCCGGGGGGCUGCUGGAGGAAGACGGGAGGAGCAUGCUGACCGCUCAUCAGAAGGAGAAGGCCAAGCUGUGCGAGGAGGCGAUAGAGAGGAGGCGAGGAGUCCACCUGCGAGGUCCAGCAGGGACGGGGAAGACGUUCAUGGCGCUUCACAUGAUGCUGAGAGAGCUGGAGAAGGACAGGGGCUGCUCCGUCCUCUUCCUCCUCCGCUCGGAAGCCUUCGUCUUCUUCAUCGCGCACUGGGCGGGCUUGAUGGCGAGGUGGAAGCUGGUGGAUGAAGGUGUGUUCGGUCGGAUCUUCUUCUCCUUCCGCAGGGAGGGAGGAUGGGACGGUCCGUUCUGGAUGACGGAGGAGGGAGGAGAGCUGAGGAGGCAGGAGAAGCAAGUGGAGAUCUUGAAUGAGUAUGAGUCGAAGUACAAGUUUGUAGUGAUCGACCAGGCGCAUCAUGUGUACUGCGAUCGAGAAGCGCGAGACUACAUCGAGCUGAAGAGGUACGACAAGGCGAGGAUGAUGCUGAUGUCAGACAGCUCGCAAGCUGUUGUUACAAACAUCUCCUAUCCUCAAGGGCUUGACGAUGUGUACCUGACUGAAGUCGUGAGAAACAGCAACAGGACGAUGACAGCGUCGUUGCUGUUUCAGAAAGGGAUCUCAGCCGACGAGGUGUCUUGCCAUCACAAGGCUGCUGGUCGACCUGUCAAGCCGUACAUCUUCUCGCUGGGCUCCAGUGACAACCAAGCACGCGAGUACGCUCCUCGCAUCGUGGAUGCAAUGAGAGAGGUGAUGGUGGAGUACCCGGAGAACCUGGACAGGAAGAUCGCGAUACUCGUCCAUGAGAGGCUUGUCCAGCUCAACUUGAAACAACUACUGCAAGACUACCUCGACAAGGACUCUGCCUUAGCUUCGAGCUUCAAGCUGAUUGCCGCGGUGGAUGCAUGGAAGACGACUCGAGGCAGGGAGGACGAGAGUGACGACCAGUGCAUCAUCUUUGACACGGUCGAGAACUUCGACGGGAUGGAGAGCAAGGUUGUGAUCGCAGUCGGUCUGGACGAGGAGGAGAGGGACGCGGACCUCAACCUGCAUCGAUCGCUGCUGUACCGAGCCAUCACUCGAGCGCUCAAGGAAGGGAUGGUGAUGAUCGUGAACCAUCGGGUCGAGCAGGGUCUGCUGUCGUUUCUGGAUGUCUUGUCGUUUGCAAACCAGUUUGAAUCGGUCGAUGAGAAGAAGAAGAUCAGCAAGACGCCCUGGGAGCAUCUUGAAGAAGCAGAGGGAGAGACGAGCUUGCAAACAGAGGGAGAAUCUGGAGCCGGGGUGAAGGGGGAGAGACAGACUGAGGAGAAAUGCGAGCACGAUGACGACAAUGCAGGGAUAGAGACUGACCAGCAGGUGCAAGCAGAGAAGAUGUCAAAGCUCACCUCUCCCUCCUCGCCGAUCGUUCAGUCAGUCUGGGACACGAGAAGACAUGAGGGAGGAGGAGGAGGAGGAGGAUCGUUUCAGCCCUAUAUACGCACACCCGACCUUCUGCAGGAGCAGCACGACGUUUUUUCAAUCCUCCGCAUGUUUAUCCUCGACGAGAAGAAACUUGACAAGGCACAGCAGGAGAAGUGCGUAAUGAUCAAGAGCAACUCUUCAGGCAGACCUCGUGUAGCCACGCGCGGCAUGAGAUCGGUUCAGACGGCAUCGUCCAGCAGCGAUAAGGACUGGGCCAAACUCACCCUCGAAGAGCUGCAUGACUUUUGCGGGAAAAGUCCCUACGUCCUGCAAGUGAUCGUAGAAGAGAGCGACGAGGACGAGGUGGAAAACAGGCGACUGAGGGCAGUGGAGGUGGGAGAGGCUUUCCGCAGGUACAAGGUCACUGAGGACUUUGUUGUCACUGUCUCUCUUGUCAACUUCGGCUCCUCGGAGAUCGUCAUGCAAACCUUGUACAAGUCGGAUGAUGCCGAGCCACAAGACGAGGGCUCAGCUGUCCUUCCGCCCUGGUCCCGACAGUCCCUCGAUCAUGUGCAGACGAGGCUCGAGGAAGGGCAGAGGUGCGAUACCAUCAUCCUACAGGACAAACGGCAGGGAACGACUUUGCAGCUGCUGUUUGAAGGGUUAGCUCCCGAUGAAUAG